AUCCUUGUUGUGGCUUAGGGGGUAUUUUAGGGGGGCUAGUCAUGAUUCAUGCCUCACAUCACAUCCAACAACUGAGAGGGUGGGCUGCUUCUCAAUACACGGGCAAAGAUGGCAGCAAGUGUGACAUGUUUUGGGUUUACACGAUCAUCUCCCUCUUAUUCCUUUGAGCCUGCUCACAUUACUUGCUGUACCAUUUGUGCCAAUUUAUAUUUCAAGUUACUAUUCAUUUAAUUACUACCUUCUGAAAAUAGAACACGUCAGCUAAGUAAGAUGCAGGAGAACUUACUCAUCCUCUAGAAUGAUGCAGACGGUCCUGACAAACUCCUGGACUCUAGAGAUGCUGCUUCAUGGAGCCGAACUCUGAGCUGCACGCGUUCAAAAGACUGCAGAAGAUGACAGGGCGGGAAACAGAAUCAAUCACAUGGACAAUGAGUAUUAUGAAGGAUUAUGGAACAUGUUUAGUUUCUAGCUGGUCCUUGUAUUCAGUCAAUCCAACUAAAGAUCAGACAUACAAUCAAAUGAUUCUAGCUGCAUCCAUAACUGGAUGAUACAAGAGCUCAUAAAGUCAUAAUCCUCCUCUUCAAUCACUCGAUUACUAAAAUGAUGCCUGGCAUGCGACGGCGAGGCAAAGUCACGGCAAGACAGGCAAGAGGGUUACCUCCAGACUUCCUGGAUCUCAGAUCCUCUGUUUACCACCAAGAUAAACCCGAAGAAGAUACCCCACGUAAUCUUCUUACGGGGCGAGUGGUGCAGUGAGCCUGUGGCGGCUUGAUGGCGACAGGCUGAGUCAGUCCGAGCCUUAGAGGGGACUUCAGACCUGGACCGAGGGCUGGAGCAUCCCGGGUUCCUCGGCGUCGGCCUGCAGCCAUGUCGGGCCUCCUCAACCUCAGCAGCCUGGGCAGGAUCUGCGGCUCUGGCCACAGCAACGGCGUGGUGCUUCUGGACCGGGUCAAGAGGAAGAACUCCAUUUUUGAAGAUGGGGAAAUUGCGGAGAUCCUCUACCUCAUUCCCAAACAGUCCAUGAUGGAGCAGCUGCCUUUCCUCAACCCCGACGACUACGUCCUGUGUGAGAAGUUAGACGGGAUACCUGCAGAGAUGUCGGGGCUCCCCGCUCAGGGGGGCUGCCGGCCGUGUUCUCCAGGGGGGAAGCAGGCCGUCCCGUGCCUGAGGUGUGGGGAGCCGUGCAGGGGCCAGGUGCUGCGCGUGCAGAACAGCCACUUCCACAUCAAGUGCUUCACCUGCAAAGUGUGCGGCUGUGACCUGGCUCAAAGUGGCUUCUUCACGAGGAGCGGGGACUACCUUUGCCCGCUGGACUUCCAGCGGCUCCACGGCACGCCGUGCGGCGGCUGCGGGGAGUUUGUGGAGGGAGCGGUGGUCACGGUGUUGGGGAGGACGUACCAUCCCGCCUGCUUCGUGUGCACCGUCUGCAAACAGCCUUUCCCUGCGGGGGAUUGCGUCACCUUCAGGGGGAAGGAGUGCCUCUGCCAGCGCUGCAGCCGCCCCUCGUCUCCGGCCACCAACGACCUCACUUGUUCCAGCAACUGCUCUGGCUGUCGUAGAGACAUCAUGCACGGCCAGGCUCUGCUGGCGCUGGGCGGCCAGUGGCACCUCGGCUGCUUCAAGUGUAAAGCCUGCCGCAGAGUGCUGAGCGGGGAGUACAUCAGCAAGGACGGCGUUCCAUAUUGUGAGCGGGACUACCAGAUUCAGUUUGGGGUGCAAUGUGAAGCAUGUCAGAAAUAUAUCACUGGAAAAGUCUUAGAGGCAGGAGAGAAGCAUUAUCACCCCGGCUGUGCCCGAUGCAGCCGAUGUCAAGCGAUGUUCAGAGAGGGGGAGGAAAUGUAUCUGCAAGGAUCCACGGUUUGGCACCCGGACUGCAGAGAGGGCCGAGCGGAGGAGCCUUUCCUGGCCAGCAGACCAAAAACACCUCUUGAUUUCUUUUUCCCCCGACAUGAACUCAAGCCCACUACCUCCUCCUCUGAAAGCUCCUGCUCCAGGCCGGGCUCAUGCACCCCGGGGAGUCCGGGUCGGACCAUCUGUGCAAAAGUAGAUAAUGAGAUCAUUGAUUACCGAGAACUAGCAGCCAUUCCCAGAGUCAAGGCUAUAUAUGAUAUAGAGCAUCCUGAUAUGAUUUCUUAUAAGCCCGUGAACGACAGCUCCUCUCCUGGGGACAACGGAGCCGUCAGCGGGGGGCGGAGCCCUGCAGAGUCACCAGGAAAUGUAUCUGAAACCACAGAGGAGAGUUUUGAAGUCAGAAAUUCCACUCCGAAAUCUAAAAGCCUCGGAUCUUUUGGAGUUCACACAAUAAACCAGCGUCACAGCUUCACUCCGUCCAGGUCCCCGCAGCACUUCCACCGGCCAGGGCUGAUGCUCGCUCCCUCUUUAUUCUCUGGCAGUGACACAUGCCCCACUUCCCCUUUAUGUCGCCACUUUCUGCCUCCUGCCAGAGACGAAGGCUUCAACAUGUACAGGAGGCCUCCGAUCUAUAAACAGCAAGAUUCAAAUUCCUCCUCAACUCAAACAUCCUCUUUGCCUGGAUACGGUCGCAACGGCCUCGAUCCGCCACGGUCAGCUGACUUCUCCCAUUACAGCAGCGACAGAUUCAGAGACUUUACGCUCCUCGGCGAUGGUCUGCAUCCAUUAGAGCGAAUGGACAGAGGAGUGUCCAUGCCUAAUUUGUUGGACCCAAAAGUCUACCCAUAUGAACUGCUCGCAGUUAGUAGCAGGGGACAAGUGAAGCUUCCCAGGGAUGUGGACAGAACCGGGCUGGAGCGUCACCUUUCCCCGGAUUCAUUCGUUGAGAUCUUUGGAAUGGAUUUCCAAGAAUUUGACGUACUUCCACUGUGGAAACGUAAUAACAUGAAGAAGAGGGCAAAUCUCUUCUAAAUGCUGAUUGACGCAUGUUUUAACUCUGUUAAUAUGCAGUAUAUAUCGUUAAUAUGCAGUAUAUAUCAAGUUAUGACGGCCCCUUGUGUUUAUUUCUUUGCAUUUGAUGCAAAAAUUAUACUUUCUUUUUUUAUAAACUGGACACAGUGUUGUGUUUCCAAGUUAGUUUAUAGGUUAUUGUAAUAAUGUUUAAAUACCUCAAAGCAGACAUGAACAUGAGAACUCAACUUGCUUAUAGUCCUGGCUUCACUGAUAGAUCGCUAUUAGUAUUUUAUCCUUCCUAAAUCAGCCCUAUCCCUCCAGGGAUUACAUUCAUAUUGGACCAUUAGAUGUAAAACAAUGUAAAUGAAACGGGUAGUUUGGCAUUUAUCAAAGCAAUAUGUUCACCUUUGAUGCAAACCAACAAUUAAUGUUGACUUUUGUGGCAUUUACCAAAGCAGACAAUCUUUCUGUCACCUGACCUUUAUGCCUGACCUCUGAGAUCCUAACUGGAGGUCUGCUGUUGUGUUUCUACAACAUGCUCAUAUAUUAUUUAGGAGUGUGCAAAACCUUGGAUUAUAAUCAGUGACUGCAUUAGGUUAACUAAUACAUAUGUAUUCCUAAAACAUAUGCACAUUGCAUGUAUAAGAUGGAUAUGGUCCGGCACAUUGAGGAUAAUGUAUCAACAUUCAAUCAAUGAGGAAAUGCAAAAAGUAUUUUUCUGCUUGCCUUCUGGAAAUUAGAGAAUGAUUGACGUCAGAGCGUUUCAGAGAGGCAGUCAUCCAUAUCUAAAAUUGUUGUGAAACUGGGUUACAUUCUUUUUGUCAGAAGUGAAAGCCUUGGUCGAUCUUUAACAGAUAUGAAGCGAUUAUGAACCUUUCAGCAUAAUACGCGAUGGUUAUAUUAAAUGGUCAUAACUUGUCAUCAACAUGUAAUUCUGACAGAAGAUAUGAAAUGACUCUUGUUGUUACUCAGUGUUGUCAUUGUUACUUCCAUAUAUUAUAUUUUAUUAUUCAGUUCAUUCUCACUUUGUUGCCUCCUGGUUACACACAUGUUUAAACACAACACUGAAAAUAACUUUUUUGAGAACUUUUGUGUGACUAAAUCAAUGAAAUGUCUGAAAUUGGGUUAUUAAAGUAAUAAUUGGGA